GUGGGGUUAGAAUAGAAAAAUAGCGUUGCAGAGCUCGGCGCCACCCGUCUCCAGUCCAGCCUGGGAAACAGGGCGCGAGGAUCCAGCCGCGAGCCAGCGCGUCUCCCGCAGUGUCGAUCGUCCCACCUCCAGCCUCCCUCUCGCUCUCGCGCUCUUCUGUUCAGUGUGUGUGAGGUUUCCUCCAUGCUGGUGUUUAACGGCUGAUCCAUGGGCCGCUCUCCGGUCAGCUUGUCCAGACUGAAGCUGGGGAGGUUAAAGGUCGUGCGGCGGCAGCUGCUACAGCGCUAUGAACACCAGCCAUUCGUCUCCUGCCUGGCCGGACUCUACGGCUGCCAGUGGAGACGAUACCAGAGGGCCAAAGCCCAGCCUGGAGAGUGCUGCUGCAGCCGGUUGGAGUGUGGCAGUUUCGGCCUCCUCAUCGUUACGUUUUUCCUGACGCUGGUGUUCCUGUAUUUCUGGAGCGAGGCUCAGAAUGACUACAAUGAUUUUGACUGGUUUAACUUCGGGAACCUGGGCUUUUGGUUCCCGUGGUCCCUGGUGCUGCUGGUGGUGUCUGCAGCACUGUUCACCUACGUCGCCCUCCUGCUGGUUUUAGCAGUGUGCCUUCUCUCUGAAGGUCAGAGGCUGUAUCUACACUGGAGCCACAAGAUUGGUAUUCUGGUGACCCUCACCUUCUCUAUCAGUGCCACAGCGGUGCUCUCUGAUUUAUGGAGCAAAGAGUGGAAAACGCUGCUCCUCUCCUUUCAGGUCACAGCACCUUUUCUACAUGUGGGCGGAGUCUUGCUAAUGACCCUGCUGUCCUGGCCAGUGGCCUUACACUUCUUUCGCAUGAGUAAGAGAGUGAGGCAGGUAAUGAUCCUGGGUCUGUACCUGGCAGUGCUGUUCGCUCUGUAUCUGGUCCCGCUGGGCAUGUACUCCCCCUGCAUUAAGGAGGAGGGCACGCUGGGCCCCGCGCCCGUCCUCAUCGGGCACAGAGGAGCUCCCAUGCUCGCGCCUGAGAACACACAGCUAUCCUUCCAGAAGGCUGUGGAGGCUGGAGGGGAGGGGCUGGAGACGGACGUUACUAUAAGUUAUGAUGGCGUGCCCUUCCUCAUGCAUGACACCACACUGAGGAGGACCACCAACAUACGGGAGGUCUUCCCCAACCAGACCAACACCCCGGCAGCCAUGUUCACCUGGGCCGAGCUGGAGAUGCUUAGCGCCGGAGAGUGGUUCCUUGGGAGAGAUCCGUUUGGUACGGCCUCCUCUCUGGACCCGGAGGAGCGAGCUCUGGUCCAGAACCAGACGGUUCCCACGCUGAAGGACUUUCUGGACCUGGCUGCUCAGUACGGCCGGCUGGUGAUCUUCGACCUUCGCCGGCCACCGCAGGGCCAUCCGUACCGAGACACCUGGAUCACCAGGACUCUGGAGGUCCUGCACAACGAGUCCCACAUCAACUCCAGCCAGGUGCUGUGGUUGCCAGGAGAUCAGAGGGAUGUGGUGCAGGAGAUGUAUCCAGAGCUGCAGCAGACCUCCGGAGACCGAGCCUCCAUCGAGGAGCUGCAGGAGGAGCACAUCGUCCGCCUCAACCUGCACUACAGCUCCAUGAGCCAGGACCAGAUCAGUAAAUACGCCUCGGUGAACAUCAGCACUAACCUGUAUGUGGUCAGUCAGCCGUGGCUGUACUCUCUGGCCUGGUGUGCUGGAGCUCAGUCCGUCACCACCAACGCCCUGCACCUGCUCAAAAACCUGCACAAGCCCAUCUUCCUGAUGACUCCACAGGAGUACAGCAUGAUGUGGAUCCUCACUGAUAUCAUCUCUGCACUUCUCAUCAUGGCUGUCUUCAUAUUCCACUGGUGGCGUGAGAGAGGCCUGCCGUUCUGGUCAGGCAGCAGGCAGGUGCAUGAGAACGGACCCUACAGCAAGUUCAGGACUGAACUGAGCGACGUGUGGUCCAUCUCGAGCCUCAGCGUCCGAGGGGAGGGGCGGAGCCAGCCAACCUCGCCCAAUUUACCCACCAUCUCCGAGGAGCCGCCGGUCUGAGCCCGGCCGUGUGGGGGGAGGAGCUCCAGAGGGGUCGGAGGUCUCAGCAAAGACUGUGUGCUGAUUAUCUGCUGCCCACUCUGAGACACUCAUCCGUCCAGUCCGGAUCCAUCAACCACGCAUUCGCUUCCAGACUGACGCAGCGCGCGUGACAUCAUAUGCAAAGUGACUGAACACGGAGCAACCAGCAUCUUCUACCUGAACACAGAGGAGAACUCCAGCAUUUACAGAACGUUACAGAACAUUUACGUCACAUUACGGAACAUUACGUCACGUUACGGAACAUUACGUCACAUUACGGAACAUUACGUCACGUUACGGAACAUUACGUCACGGGAGUUUUAAUCGUUAAGUUAGGGCGUGAGAAACUGCUUGGCGCCUCCUGCUGGCCGUUACGUGAUGCGUAGGGAUGGAGUAAGUACGAAUGUAAGUCGUAUAUAAAUUGGAGAAGAAUCUCAUUCAUUCUCGCUCAUCAGCAGAUCUACUGAAAUGAGAAAUACGGGGAAACGUGAGUCUGUUGCACACCUGAUGCACUGAUGCACCAUGCCAUGCUAUACUGCACAAUGAUGUGCUGAAAGGAGAGCGCCAUAAUGGGUAAUUUGCAUAUCAACAACUUCCUAAAAUAAUCGUUUUGUGUAAUAAGUUUUGCCAUUUAUAAAUGAGCAAUAGUUUAAGAGAACAUCUCAUCAUACAGUCGAGCAUCAGAACCAACCAGAAACUUUUACAUUUACAGUAUUUAGAAGAUGUCCUUAUCUAGAGCGAUUUACAACAGUGCUUCGUUGCUUUGUUUUUUACUUUAAAAUAGUUUGUAGAGACUCGGAUCAAGAGAUACACAAAGCUUGAUUAUGUUUAGGACCCCUAUGAGAAAGCUGAAUCUGGUCCUGCUAACAGGGAUGUUCUGGCCAGCGUAGGAGUUAUUUCAUGGCUUAUUAAAUGACAACAUUUUAACCCUCCUGUUAUGUUACGGGUCAAAUUGACUCAGCUUGAAAUUUGAAGAUAAAAAAAAAAGUUAAAAGUAUUUUUUUUUCCAGUAUGAAACUUCUUCUGCUUGCCUUAAUUAGUUUAAUCAACAUAUAAUAUGAAAAUGGUUAAUCUCACAUAUUUGCAACAACCACCCCCUGCAAAUAUUAAACUAAAACAAGAUUGCAAUGUUAUGUUUCAGUGUUAUGUAAAACUACUGUUUUAUAUGUUGGUCUUUCAAAAGUAAUAAAGUAGGGAAACAUUAAAAAAAGGUUUAACAUGUAUUUUUCUUUUAUAAAAAAACGAGUGAAUUAUCCUAAUUGAAGCAUUACCUGUUAGAGGUAAGGAACAAUAUUGCACUAAAUAUUGAUUCUAUUGAUAGAAUAAUUAGUAAUGGUGUUAUUAAUAAAAUAUUCACACUGCUUGUUGGAUUUUUUCAGAUACCUUUUGGAUAAUUAAACAUGCGAUGGGUCAGUAUGACCCGGGAACACCACUGCUGGUUCUGACAAAUGAACAUAACAGGAGGGUUAAAAGAAAUCCUUUGCGCUUGCCUGAAAGGGUUAAGUCAGUGUGCCAUAUUGCACAAUUUGUUCAUAUUGAAGAUUUUAAGGUAAAGCAAGCUGAGUAUAAUUAGUUUAUUUUUGUUAUUUAAUGUAAUAAACAAGAGUAGCUGUGUAAUUAGCUGAGGAAUUAAACAAUGCUAAGUGUCCUUGAGCACCAGCAUGUGGUUUUAACACCAGUGUGCAAAUUUCCAAUAAAAACCAUGGUUUAGAAUUGCUGAAAUUGUUGAGCAUGGUGUUGUACCGCGGGGUGUAGCGUGGUGCGGUGUAUCCGGUGUGUGACGGCUUUACCGUACUCUUGUGUAAACGUAUACAUGUAUAGAUAAAGAUUUUGCUACAUUAGGAUUUUAAUGGUAAUGAAAUACUCCUUAGCAUUGAAUGUAGCUUAUCAACAAGCACUUACUUAUUAAGCAUGAAGCAAAAAAACAAAAACAAAUGAAAAAAUAAAACGUUUAUUCAGCUUCUGUUCUGUUGCCAUGAGCUAAAACCAACCGCAGCCAAAUGCCCAUUACCGUAUUAUUCAGAUUAUAAGGUGCACCAUCAAUAAGCAUAUAUUUUCUGGUCUAUUUUCGUAUAUAUAUAUGGUGCACUGGAUAAUAAGGCAUAUUAAGCGACACUAGUAAGGAUGCAACAUCAAAGUGAGCAAGAGUGUCUCCAUGUUUCCCUUCUAAUAGGGAAGCUGAGGGGAAUCGCCCAAGUAAACAAAACUGUAAUUCUUUAAAAAAAAAAAAAAAACUUUUUUUUUUUUUGUCAAACAAGCGCUGAAUGUUCAGUAAGUUUAGAUUUUCAAUAUUUUUUCUGAGGGUGAGUUUUUAGUGAAGUUUCUCCAGCACUAAGGCAGGGUGCAGCAGCAUUAGCAUUAGCCGCUAACCGCAGCGCAAACGGGAUAUAACUGCUGCCCGAUAAGGGCAAAUGUUCAGUGUUAACUAAAUGUUAAAUCUCCAAAAGUGUCCAAAUACAACAGUAUUUGAAGUAAAGAUAGAGAAAGCUAGAUACAGAAGUUGUACCCACAGCAAGCACAGAUGGAGGGCAAGAAAAUAAUCGUUGACUAAUCGGAAAAAUAAUCAACAGAUUAAUCGAUAACCAAAAUCUACACACGAUAGAGCUAACUGAGGAACGCUGAGUGUUCUGGUAAACCAGGGUGCUAUCAGCUAGCGGUUUAUCUCUAACCCUAGCUUGUUUUAACACAACAAACAUGAAGACUACAGUCCAAUAUACUUGCCUCUGAAUGGGAAAAAGAGCUUGUGCUGCAAUUAGCGGCUAAUGCUAAUGCUGCUGCACCCAGCCUUAGUGCUGGAGAAACUUCACUGAAACUCACCCUUAUAAUGCUGUACUCCAGCAGAGUGGCUUUACUGCUCCUUAAUACCUGACUGGUAAAAUUCAUACAAAGACGGAACAGAUUAUAAGAUGCACUGACGAUAUUUGACAGGUUUUUAAGUGCGCCAUAUAGUCUGAAAAAUACGGUAAUUCCACUGUUAGACUGAGUGAAGAUCCUAUUUACAGCUGAUGCUUUUAUAUGGCUUAUAAAGCUCCAGAAAUAAUCACCUUUGGCUCCAUAUAUAACCUUUUAUAUAAAUCACAGAACCCUCACUUUUACAUAUCUCUAUAUUAAAAAUAGUUCUUCUAUGGCAUGACCAUUAUUUAUCACUGUUUUACUGCAUUUACAGAUGAAUUUGGACAUGAAGAUUUUUGAAAAAGUAACAUCACUACUUUACCACAAGACUAGAACUAGUAUAAUACAAAUAAAAACUGAUAAAUGAAGUUUAAUCCAGACAUUUCAGGAGGAGGUUUGAGAAUAUAGUGGCGUGCAAAAGUAUUCAUACCCCUUGAACAUAUUUUUUUUUCACAUUUUGUCACUUUUUGUACGAUCACAAAUUUAAAUGUAUUUAAUUGAGAUUUUAAGUGAUGGACAAACACAGAGUAGCACAUAAUUGUGAAAUGAAACGAACAUAAAUGGUUUUAUCAUGGUUUUCAAUUUUUUUUAUAAUAAAUAAAAAUCUGUGAAAAAAGUGACGUGCAAAAGUAUUCAGCCCCCUUUUUACUCUGUACCUCCUAAAUAAAAUCCAGUGCAACCAAUUCAGUGCCUUCAAAAGGCUUAACUUAAUUAGUUAAUUAGUGAAUAGAGUGGAGCUGUGUGUAAUUCAGUCUUAGUAUAAAUACAGCUGUUCUGAAUACAAGUCACAUUAAAUUAUCAGGUGUAAACAGGAUUAAACACACAGGGUUGUUUGUUUUAUGUUGUUGUUAUUAACCUGCCUGUCAGUUUCUACUGGGAUGAACUGUGUAGUUACACAUCAGUAAUCCAUACAACACAACAGUCUAACAGUAGGUAACGUAUUUACAGGUGUUACAGGCGGAUUACAGUAAUAUUCAUAUAGUCUGUACUACUGUAAUCUAUCUGUAAUGAACCAAAAUUAACAUAUAGUCAGGCCCGUCACGAUAAGAAUACUUUGUGGACGAUAUAAUGUCCAGAAAUUAUUGCAAUAUACGAUAUUUUUGUAAUUUUAAGACUAUUAAAUGCCAUUGACAUAAUGAUAACAAAAUAGCAUAAAAAAGCAAUUAUACACUUUUUAAAGACAGCAAAAUUUGAAUUAAUCAUUUAUUAUAAUUAGUUUUGGAGUUAUAUACUUAUUUUUUCACCUACUUUAGUCCACACUCUGUGUAUGGAGUCAGAUUUAUUGGAGCAUGACUGGCUAAAAAUACUGUUCACUCUUAUAUGUUAUAUAUGUGAACAAACAUACAAAUAAAUACAACAGACUAUAUCACGAUUAUCAAAUAUUAUUGAGGUCAUGUUCAUUUAAUGUAUGAUAAAUCGAUGUUGCAAUUAUUGGGACAGGCCUACAUGUAGUUGUUACAGGAUUCUUAACAUGUAACUACACAGUUUUAAGCAACACUUAAUGUAAAUCGGGACCAUAACUAAAAAAUUCAUACAAUCUUCGUUUUAAAAGGUUUGUGCCUGAUGUCCGAAAUGCAGGCUAAUAUUGGUUGUGCAGAAAACAUACUGUACCAGUCAAAAGUUUGGACACACCUUAAAUUCAGUAUUUUUUUCAUUAUUUUAAGAAGAAUUUAAGAAAUGAAGGUCACUUAGUUCUCAAGUGCAGUCGCAAAGACCAACAAAAUCAUUAUGAUGGAACUGGCACUCAUCAGCCCUGUUUUAAAAAAGGAAGAGCAAGAAUUUCCUCUGUUGUACAGGAUAAGUCCAUCAGAGUUACCUGCUUCAGAAACCAUAUACUGUAUAUCAUCACUGUCCAAUGAAAAAUAGUAUCUCUAAAAAAAAAAAGCUACUUUACAGAAGAGAGAAAAAACCUUCUAAACUUCCAAUGGAAGUCAAUGUAAAAAGGGUUUAUUUCAGGUUAUUUUUAAAGUUUUUUAUUGGACAGCGACGAUAUAUACAGUGGUGUGAAAAAAGUGAUUGUGCCUUCAUUUUUUCUUUUUUUUGUAAGAAAAAAUGUUUUAGAUCAUCAAACAAAUUAAAAUGUUGAUCAAAGAUAAAACAAGUAAAGUUUAAGCAGAGUAUUUAUUUGGUUUGUUUAACACUUUUAAGUUACUACAUGAUUCCUUAUGUGUUCCUUCAUAGUCUGAAUCACUUUAGUAUUAAUUUAUAAUGUAGGAAAAUAAUAAAAUAACAUUAAAUUGGGAAGGUGUGUCCAAACUUUUGACUGGUACUGUUUGUGGAAUUCAAACAUUAUUGUUUUAAUUUACCGAACUGCUUACUGGCCCUAUAUAUAUAGAAAUAGCAGCAAAUUAGCCUUUUCUAAUCUCAUGUUCAUAAGGUCACAAUCAGUGGCUAAAGUUUAUUUUUUUGCUAUGUUUGUUAAAAAGUUAAAUAUUAAUAAAGAUGCAGUGUAGAUUUAUUGUUUUGUAACAUGGCUGCAGGCCACCAUAGUGCUCGUGACGCUGCAGCACUUUUCCACAUAAUGCACCUGAAGCACUUUCAUACGUUUCAUAAGCUGCUACAAUAAAUACUUUAUAUACAGCUCUGGGAAAAAUUAAGAGAACACUUCAGAUUCUGAAUCAGUUUCUCUGAUUUUGCUAUUUAUAGGUUUAUGUUUGAGUAAAAUGAACAUUGUUGUUUUAUUCUAUAAACUACAGACAACAUUUCUCCCAAAUUCCAAAUGAAAAUAUUUUCAUUUACAGCAUUUAUUUGCAGAAGAUGAGAAAUGGCUGAAAUAACAAAAAGAUACAGAGCUUCAAGAAGAAAAGUUCAUAAUUAUAAAGUUUUAAGAGAUCAGAAAUCAAUAUUUGGUGGAAUAACCCUGGAUUUUAAUCACAGUUUUCAUGCAUCUUGUCAUGUUCUCCUCCACCAGUCUUACACACUGCUUUUGGAUAACUUUAUGCUGCUUUACUCCUGGUUUGGUUUGAUGGCUUGUGAUCCUCCAUCUUCCUCUUAAUUAUAUUCUAGAGGUUUUUAUUUUUUUGUUAAAUCAAAGAAACUCAUCAUUUUUAAGUGGUUUCUUGUUUUUUCAGAGCUGUGUAUAUAUAUAUAUAUAUAUAGUAUAUUAUAUAUAUCCAGCCGAACCAGCAGCCGAUCAGCCAGCGCUACAACAGCCAGGAAUGCUGUGUGUUUCUCUCUUAAAUACACUCCACAUAUCAGUUUCCCCAACAACGGACUCGCCAGCUGCGUAUAUGAGACGUGAUAUAAUUCUAUAUUUAUUACAACUUGUCUUUAUGCAUUUAUUUUACUGUAACUAUUGUAUGGCUGUAAAUAUCAAAUGAUCAUACUGAAAUUAAAAGGUAUUCUGAUUAA